AAUGCCUUUGAGCAAGCUUCUGUUCAGCAGCAUGGAUCUAGCGACCUGCACUUGUGCCGGCUACAUGAUGCAAUGAGGAAAACUGCUCCGAUGGGGAUCCUGUAGCACUUUCCCUUCCGUUGUCGUGCGAUUGUAAAGUCGCGUGACCUGUCUGAAAGUUAUGCCAGCUGGCACUCAAAGCAUUCCAGCUGCAGAUCGGCAUGGGCUAGAGCUAUAGCCUCUAUUAGAUGAUGUAGUGCUCAGCAGCGCUUGUCGGCAUUGCCUUCUGCCCGCAUACCAUACGCCAGACUCCAAAGCAUCCUUGGGAUUCAGAUAAAGUCCAAUGCCAUGUCCUUUGCUUUGACAAAGUACUGGGGAAUUGAAGGUGAAAUCAGAGCUGCAAUGCUGACUCUGAUACACCUGUCUUAGCCUUGCAAAUUCGCGUCCACGAAAAGGAAGUGGCCGGUGGAAGCGACCGGCGUAAAAUGAGGGUUUAUGCUCCUUGUUCAAAGUGGCCGGUGCGAAGUGUCUCAGCGUAUCGCUCUAAGCAGCAACAGAUCCUGGCAUCAUCUACCGUGAACCCGCACUGAGCAGCUUGCCCAGCUUUGAGCAGCGACCACUUAAGGAAGCAAAAACGCCUUCUUCAAAUUGACUGCCACCGCUGAGUCGCCAAUAGACUGUUACCUUGAGCGGUCCGCCAGUUGAUGAAAUUAGCUUGUGCAGUGUUGCAGACCCAGAUCCUCACUUUGCCGCAUUAAGAUAGGACCAAUUCUCACAGCAAAGUCUCUGUCCACUUAAUCGUAGUCACGGCAUUGCAUACCCCUUGCUCAGAAUGUCCCAUCUGCAAACCAGGAAGCUUCAAGAGUGGUGCGCUUCUUUAAUUCUCCCUUUCGGUCAUCUGUUUCCGAAGCAAACAUCAGAGCAGCUGAUUUCAGCUUGAGCCUCCCCAAAGGGCCGGUAGCAAAUCAAAGUCGCAGCCAUGCCCGCGCGGCCUUACACGAUCUGCCGCCUUUUCCGCUGGUGGCAGGUCCCUGUAGCUUUGAUCCUCUCUGUUACGAUCAGCCUAUCACAACCAGUUUUCACGGGAUGCUUCCGCGGGGAGGGGUUCCGCCUGGGGGGCACGAGAGUAUUCUGCCGCGGUUCAAACAGAACCGAAAGAAACCUUCUGGAGGUAGAUUGGGGGUUGGAGAAGCGGGGCGCAAGGGUGGGAAACGAAGAGCCACAUGCGGGGCUCGGUCAGGAAGAUUGGCUUGUAGAUAAAAGAGCGGAUGAGGAAAUGACCGAAAUAGAGGGGGAAGGGGAGGUACUUGGUGAGGCUGGGUUAACGAGGGAAGGAAAAGGGUUAAGCGCAGACCGCAUUGCGGAACCUGGUCAGCUGCUUGAUCUUUUCGAGGGGGGGUUGGUAAUGCCUAUAGAAGCACCCAAAGAAAAUGAAGAAGACAACAUCGCACGACAAGAAGCGAUAAGGUUGGAGGAAGAAACGGAGCUUGAGGAUGAACACGUGACCGGAGACGGAGAAGGAAAGGGCCAAGAGGAGGGUGAGAAGAUCAAGGGAGACGCAACAGAAGAGGUCUGGAAGGAAGAUGAUGAGAGCAGUGCCGAACGGAAGGAGCCUAGUACAGAGGAAAAGGCGGAGUUUCAAACAGACAGAGUAGAAGCGGAAGGAAAGGACGGUGGGCAGAACAGGGAAGAGUACGUGGCAUCGGAAAGCGGUUCAGUGGGUGACCUUCUUUUGGAGGCUGCAGAAGAUGAGAGUGAGGAACUCAGAGGAGAAGGAGCCGUCGGGCCACACGCAAACCGGGAGCUGAGCGCGAAAGGAGCAGAAGAAGACAGGCCCCAUCCUAGUUGCCGUCCUCACGAGCUCGUAUACGUAUACGACCUGCCGCCCGAAUUCAACGUGGAGCUUUUCGGCCCGUCGUGCGGCGCCUUAUACCUCGCGUACACGCAAGCGCGCAAUGCGUGCGUCAUCUACUCGCCGGAGUUCGGCGGAAUCGGGCCGCGCCUGACCGGAACGGAAACGGCGUUCCUGAGCGACAUUGGGAGUCCGGCGGACAGCUGGGCGGACACCGGCCAGUUUGGGCUGGAGGUGAUGUUCCACCAGUACAUGCGCGACUCGUAUCCCUGCCGCACGACACGUGGCGAAGAUGCGGCCGCGUUCUACGUGCCGAUUUACACCGGCGUGCUGCACCUCAACCGUACGACCCACUGCGGGAUCGGCACGUGUCCCGGGGUGUCUCCGCUGGGCUGGGUAGGGAGAUUGCUGGGCGCCCAGCUCAACAAGCUGCCGUAUCUUCGCAGGCACAAGGGCCGGGACCACAUCACGACCAUGGGGCGGUGCACGUACGACGGCUUACAGGACGACACGUGUUGCACCAAUGGGCUGCUCAAGACGAAGCACACCAAGCGUUUUGUAAUAAUGGGGAUCGAGUCGAACGACCUCACGAGCCAGGAACGGCAAGUUAGCAUCCCCUACCCCACCUGCUUUCAUCCAGCAACCCCGGAAGAGAUCACCACCCACAAAUCCCUCAUUCUCUCCGCCAACCGCACAGUCCUGAUCAACUUCACGGGGCAACUAGACCGGGACGCGCUCUGGUGGGGCCGCAACUUGCGGAGCAAAAUUGCCGAGCAGUGCGCAAAUCACCCGGGAGAAUGUGAAGUGGUAAACUGCGGCUCGGAAUGCUACUGUACGACGGUCCUCAGCGGGCAGCUCCGGGCGCAAUUUUGCCUGCAGCCGCCGGGGGAUACGCCAACCCGGCGGAGCUUCUUUGAUUCGCUCCAGGCGGGCUGCAUCCCAGUUCUCUUCCAGCGCGCAUCCGCCUACGACGAGUACACGUCAUUCCUGCCCGCCGACGAGAGUAGCUACUCCGUCUUCAUUCCGGAGGGUGACGUCACUUGGGGCGGAGCUGACAUCAUCGAGACGCUCCAACGGAUUCCGGAGGCGGAGAUCGAGCGGAAGAGGGCCGUCAUCGCAAGCAUGCUGCCGUCCAUCAGCUACGAAGACCACGGGAGAGCGCGCGAGCGCGCGCGGCGCGCGGCCGCGGGGCCGCAAGAGUCGCUCCCCGAAACCCAAAACCCUUUGGGCGAGAAGAGCGCGUACGGCGUUGCGCUGGCCGAGGCGCUCAGGCGCGUCGAAAGAGCGCUCGACGCGGCCGCCGCGGAGGCAUCAAGCUGAGCUUCCAAUAGUGCGAUAGCCCCAUGCACGUGGCUUUGACGCACUCACAAUUUUAGUGAGAGCGGGAUCGCCUUCACUGCUGCACGCAAAUUGACUUACUUCAAGAGGAGAAUCAGUCACAGGUUUGCUGUACAAGAGGGCAGAUUGUCACCAAACCCUUUAUCUAAUACGCAAGGAUUCAAAUUAAUCUCCUCCCUCCUGAAGUAGCAGCAGCAACUUGAGGGGGAAGCUUGAACCUAAACAUAGUGCUAGGAUGCCGAGUGAUGCACGCCUUUGAAAGCUAAGCGAUCUUAACGGCCAGACCUUUCAGAGCAACUGAUAGUUGAGACUCUUGUUCAACUUCGCAGAAAGAACGGUCCCGUUUGUUGCGUGAAUUGAACGGUGGCUGGCCAGCUUUUGUGUGGUCGAUCAGUUUGAUAGGGUGUUGUCCUCUACUGAAAGUUGCCGCAUGAGCGGCUUCACAAGACGGCUGUGACAACUUCGGCG